AUGUAUGCCCCUACAGAUCCAAAUAAAGAACCAUGGCACGCCUGGAAGUGCGAAAAAUGUGGGCGCUGGUGUCCUGCCACUGAUAAUAUCUGUCUCUGCGGCGCCUUCAAGCCACGGCCACGGCAUAGUUCUUCAUGGAUUCAGCAUGGACCUCAACUACCCAUGCGUCGAGAUGAAUUUCCUAUGCCAAACAACUUUCUUAGGCAUGAUUCUGGGCCUAUAGCGAAUCGGGUAAUUACUGGUGGAUAUGAUGCGCCCUCUAGACAUGAUGCGCCGCCCCCUGGAUGGGAUACUUUACCUUCGAAAGACUUCCCUAAACGAAGUGCUGUCACUGUCACUCCAUCAAGACGCUUGCGAAUAGAAUCACUUCUAAAUGAAGAAGAUGCCACUUUUGAAUACAAUUAUCCGACUGUACAUGAUAGGGUUUUCGACCAAGACGCAAUCGUCGGUGCAUCUACUAGUUUUUCUACACAUAGUCGAACUGCUACGGCUAACGAACCUGGUCGUUCAAUUGGUCUACCCUUCCAAGAUAAUUCUAUCCAGCAUGCUACGACUUCCGAGGCAAAUGACGCUUACGAGGCAUGGCACACUGCCACUUAUCAAAGAAACCCCUUCAAUGGCAGCUCGGAAGACACUUCACCAUCCACUCCGACCAGGAGAAAAUCUUAUUAAAUUAGACGUCACGUUGCGUCAAAAUCGUUCGAAAAAGCAAAGGUUAGACCCCCUUGCCAAUAGGACCCCUCCCUCAAUUUUUAGAACCGACUUUAACGAAUUGUAAUUGCUUCUAGCCACGAUAGUUCCCCUAUAUCCGGCUCUUCCAAUACCGCCAAUCGAAGAUCACCCAUCAGACAUAAGAGAUAGGUUUUACCUUAACGCAACCUUGUCCAAGAAGAGUUGCCACUAGUGUCCCCAUAGAUACCUAUACAGCGUGCCUUUGCCCAGGACACAAAAGUUUGGUAUACAUAAGAUACAUUAUUCUGGGCGAUACUGUGAGUUCAUGAGGCUGU